AGCGGGGCUAUCGGGGCCGGGCAGCGCCGCCGGCUCCGGGUAGGAAUGUCCCUGCGCGCCCAGAUAAUGUUAUUUAUAUCGCGGUGCAGGGCGGCUCCGCUCCCCCCGCCCCGCUCCCGCACCGGCCCCGCCGCCGCCGCCGCCGCCGCUCGCCCGCCCGCCGCCCCGCGCAGGGGUCCCUUGCCGGUAGCCGACGGCCACUGGGCCGGGGCACACCGGGACCAUGACCUCAGCCAACGACUACGAGCAGCUGGAGCUGCAGCAGCAGUACAGCCGCAUCAAUGUCCGCUGGGAUGCGUCCGACGAUGAGCUGGACAACGACAACAGCUCCGCACGGCUCUUUGAGCGCUCCCGCAUCAAAGCCCUGGCAGACGAGCGGGAGGCCGUGCAGAAGAAAACCUUCACCAAGUGGGUGAACUCGCACCUGGCUCGUGUCACCUGCCGCAUCUCAGACCUCUACAUGGACCUCCGGGACGGGCGGGUGCUCAUCAAGCUGCUGGAAGUGCUGUCAGGAGAGCUUUUGCCCAAGCCCACCAAGGGCCGGAUGCGGAUCCACUGCCUGGAGAACGUGGACAAGGCGCUGCAGUUCCUGAAGGAGCAGCGGGUGCACCUGGAGAACAUGGGCUCCCACGAUAUUGUGGAUGGCAACCACCGUCUUGUCCUCGGCCUCAUCUGGACCAUCAUCCUCCGCUUCCAGAUCCAGGACAUCAUCGUGGAGACACAGGAGGGCCGGGAGACACGCUCUGCCAGGGAUGCACUGCUGCUUUGGUGCCAGAUGAAGACAGCAGGGUACCCCCAUGUGAAUGUCACCAACUUCACCUCGAGCUGGAAGGAUGGGCUGGCCUUCAAUGCCCUAAUCCACAAGCACAGGCCUGAGCUGGUUGACUUCCAAAACCUGACCAAAUCCAAUGCCCGGCACAACCUAGAGCAUGCGUUCAGUGUGGCAGAGCGGCACCUGGGCAUCACCCCUCUCCUCGACCCCGAAGAUGUGUUCACGGAGAACCCUGAUGAAAAGUCCAUCAUCACCUACGUGGUGGCCUUCUACCACUACUUCUCCAAGAUGAAGGUGCUGGAGGUGGAGGGAAGGCGCCUGGGCAAGGUCAUCGAGCACGCCAAGGAGACAGAGCGGAUGAUCGAGGGCUAUGGGGGGCUGGCAUCUGACCUGCUCACCUGGAUUGAGCAGACCAUUGCCUCCCUCAACAGCCGCAGCUUCGCCAACUCGCUGGCUGGGGUGCAGCACCAGCUGCAAGCCUUCAGCACGUACCGCACCGUGGAGAAGCCCCCCAAGUUUCAGGAGAAGGGCAACCUGGAGGUGCUGCUCUUCACCAUCCAGUCACGGAUGAGGGCCAACAACCAGCGUGUCUACACCCCACAUGAGGGCCGCCUGGUCUCCGACAUCAACCGGGCCUGGGAGCAGCUGGAGAAAGCGGAACAUGAGCGGGAGCUGGCGCUGCGCAACGAGCUGAUCCGUCAGGAGAAGCUGGAGCAGCUGGCGCGGCGCUUUGACCGCAAAGCAGCCAUGCGGGAGGCCUGGCUGAGCGAGAACCAGCGCCUGGUGGCCCAGGACAACUUUGGGCAGGACUUGGCAGCGGUGGAGGCAGCCAAGAAGAAGCACGAGGCCAUUGAGACGGACACAGCUGCCUACAGGGAGCGAGUGCAGGCCAUCGAGGCGGUGGCCAAGGAGCUGGAGCUGGAGGGCUACCACGACAUCCAGCGCAUCAACGGGCGCAAGGACAACAUCCUGCGGCUCUGGGAGCACCUCCUGGAGCUGCUGGCUGCCCGACGCCAGCGCCUGGAAAUGAACCUCACCCUGCAGCACCUCUUCCAGGAGAUGCUCCAUUGCAUUGACUGGAUGGAUGAGGUCAAGGUGAAGCUGGCAUCUCCCGAAUCUGGGAAGCACCUUCUGGAAGCAGAGGAGCUGCUGCAGACCCACCGUCUGCUGGAGGCUGACAUGGCUGUACAGGCAGAGAAGACUCGGGCCAUCAGCGCUGCUGCCCUCCGCUUUGCCGACGCUGAGGGCUAUCGUCCCUGCGACCCCAAAGUCAUCCGGGACCGCGUGAGCCACCUGGAGAUGUGCCGGCGGGAGCUGCAGGUACUGGCGGCGCGGAGGAGAGCCUUGCUGGAGCAAUCCCGCUCCCUCUGGACCUGCCUGUGGGAGCUGGACGAGGCAGAGAGCUGGAUCAAGGAGCAGGAGCAGCUCUACUCCUCCCUGGACUUCGGGAAGGACCUGCCGGGCGUGCUGCUGCUCCAGCGCCGGCACGCCGCCUUCGAGGCCGAGCUGCGGAGCCGGGGUGGGCGGCUGGAGCAGGCGCUGGCGGUGGGCGAGGGGCUGGCAGCCGCAGGCCGGGCGGCCGAGCGGCUGCGGGAGCGGGGGGCGGCCGUGCGGGCGCUGUGGGCGCAGCUGGAGGAGCUGGCGGCGUUCCGACGGCGCGGCUUGCGGGAAGCCGAGGGCUUCUUCCAGUUCCAGGCGGAGGUGGAGGAGCUGGCGGAGGGGCUGCAGGAUGCCCGCCGGCGGGCGGCCGCCGAGGAGCUGGGCCAGGAUGAAUCCCGCACCCUCGUCCUGCUGCGGCAGCACCAGGAGCUGCUGGACGAGCUGGCGGCCGCCCGGGAGCAGCUGGACAGGCUGGCGCAGCAGGCCGAGGGCUUCCCGCCGGAGCUGCGCGCCGGCCCCGAGGCGCAGAGCCGGCUGGCGGCCCUGCGGGAGCUGCACGCCGAGGCAGCCGCGCUGGCUGAGCGCCGCGGCCGCCAGCUGCAGGACGCCCUGGACCUCUACACCGUUUUCGGGGAGAGCGACGCCUGCCAUCUCUGGAUGGGCUCCAAGGAGACCUGGCUGGGAGAGCUGGAGGUGCCGCAGGCGCUGGAGGACCUGGACGUGACGCAGCGCAGGUUGGACGGGCUGGAGCAAGACAUGGCCACCGUGGCUUCCCAGAUUGCCGCAGUCAACCAGGCAGCCGACGGGCUCCUGGCCAGCGGGCACCCCCGGAGCCCCCAGGUCCGGCAGUGCCGGGAACAGCUCAACGAGAGGUGGGGUCGGUUCCAGGAGCUGGUGUCGGAGCGCCGGCGGGCAGUGGGCUCAGCCCUGCGCCUCCUCAACUACAACCUGGAGUCUGAGGAGACCCAGAAAUGGCUGCAAAGCAAAGCCCGGGCAGUGGAGGCCACGGCCGAGCUCGGCCGCGACCUGGCCGGCGUCCUGGCCACCCAGCGCAAGCUCUAUGGCAUCGAGCGGGAGCUGGCGGUGGCCCAGGACCGCCUGGCUGCCCUGCGCUCCCAAGCUGAGCGCCUGGCCGAGGAGAGGCCUGAGGUGGCUGUGGAAGUGGCCCAGAAGCUGGCGGCGGCCACGUCCGCCUGGGAUGAGCUGCAGGCGGCCCUGGCAGAGCGAGCAGCGUCCCUAGGGGAAGCUGGGCAGCUCCGGAGUUUCCUGCAGGACCUGGAUGACUUCCAGGCGUGGCUCUUUGGCGCUCAGAAAGCCGUGGCGGCCGUUGAUGAGGUGCCGGCAUCACUGGGGGAGGCAGAGGAGAUGCUGCAGCGGCACGAAGCUGCCUGGCGCGACGCCGAGGAGCAUGCAGGAGCCUUCACUGCCUUGGUGGAGGCGGGGGAGCGGGUGCUGGGGGGCCAGACGGACCCCGAGUACGAGGGGCUGCGGCAGCGCCUGAGCGGCAUGAAGGAUGGCUGGGCUGCCCUGGGCAAGAUGGCAGAGGCUCGGAAGCGCUUCCUCACCCAGUGCCGCGACUUCCAGGAGUUCCUUCGCGACACCAAGCAGGCAGAGAUCCUCCUCACCAAGCAGGAGUACACACUGUCCCACCUGGAGCUGCCCUCCACGCUGGAGGGCUCGGCUGCUGCCCUGCACCGCUUCCAGAACUUCCGUGCCAGUGUGGAGAGCAAUGCCAAGAAGGUCCCGGAGGUGGUAGUUGGUGGCACCAAGCUGGUGGCUGAGGAGAACAUCUUUGCCGAGAAGAUCUCUGAGAAGUGCCAAACUCUCCAGGAGCGGCAUGGAGCUGUCAUGGACAAGGUGGAGGAAGCAGUGGAUUUGAUGCAGGACAACCACGACCUACAGACCUUCCUGCAGAGCUGUCGGGAGUUUGACGCCUGGGUGGAUGAGAAGAUGCUGAUGGCUCAGGAUGUCUCCUAUGGAGAAACCCGUGGUCUCCACAGCAAGUGGCAGAAGCACCAGGCAUUCAUGGCUGAGCUGGCACCCAACCAGAGCUGGCUGGAGAAGAUUGAGGCGGAGGGGACGGAGCUGGCCACACGCAAGCCGCAGUACAGCGCGGUGGUGACGCAGCGGCUGGAGGAGCUGCGCCGGCGCUGGGCCGGGCUGCGCAGCGCUGCCGAGGACAGGGGCCGGCAGCUGUUCGAGGCUGAGCGCUCGGCCCUGUACACCCGGAGCUAUGGGGAGCUGGAGAGCUGGCUGGGGCGGGCGCAGGAGGAGCUGCACCACGCUGAGAAGGUCAAGGACCUCACCGCCACCAACCUGUUGCUGAAGAGGUUGACGAGACUGGAAGAGCAAGUGAGAACGUGGAUGAAGGAGCUGGAGGAGCUGGGGUGGCAGGGCACCCCUGGUGCCGGGGAUGUGCCAGAUGCCACCAGGCAGGAGCAGAUGCUACGGCAGCGAGUCCUUGAGCUGCUGGAGCCACUGGAGAGGAAGAGGAAGGAGCUGGAGACUGCCAAGGCCAUGUACCAGCUGGGGCGGGAUCUGGAGGAUGAGACACUGUGGGUGCAGGAGCGGCUUUCCCUGGCGAGGUCAACCGAUCACGGCACCGACCUCCCAAGCGUGCAGCGCCUGACCAAGAGGAACGAGACACUGCAGAAGGAGCUGGCAGGCCAUGCCCCCCGCCUGGGUGAGGUGCUCAGCCGGGGAGAGGCAGCGGGGAGUGGUGAGGAGCCAGGCCCGGAGCUGGUGGUACUGGCACAGGAGCUGCGGGAACUGUGGGAGACGCUGCAGGAGGAGGCAGCUGCCCGGCACCAGCGCCUGCAGGAGGCCGGAGAGGCCCAGCAGUACUACCUGGAUGCUGAUGAGGCUGAGGCCUGGGUUAGCGAGCAGGAGCUUUUCAUGGGACCUGAGGAGAAACCAAAGGAUGAGGAGAGCUGCUUGAUGAUGCUGAAGAGACAUGUCCGGCAGCUGCGCUCCAUCGAGGACUAUGGACAAACCAUCAAGGAGCUGGCAGGGAGGGCGCAGCAGCUGCUCUCUGCCGGCCACCCCGAGGGGGAGCAGAUCAUCCGGCUGCAGGGCCAGGUGGACAAGCACUACGCGGGGCUGAAGGAGGCGGCCGAGGAGCGCCGCCGGCGCCUGGAGAACAUGUCACACCUCUUCCAGCUGAAGCGGGAGGUGGAAGAGCUGGAGCAGUGGAUUGCCGAGCGUGAUGUGGUCGCCUCCUCCCCGGAGAUGGGGCAAGACCUGGACCAUGUCAUGCUCCUGCGGGAGAAGUUUCGGGAGUUUGCACGAGAGACAGGCAGUGUGGGGCAGGAGCGCGUGGACCGGGUGAACCUGACCAUUGAGGACCUCAUCGAUGCGGGGCACAUCGAGGCGGCCACCAUAGCUGAGUGGAAGGAUGGGCUGAAUGAGAGCUGGGCCGACCUCCUGGAGCUGAUCGACACCCGCAUGCAGCUCCUCGCUGCCUCCCACGACCUCCACAAGUACUUCUAUGACGGCGGAGAGCUGCUGGCCCUCAUCGCUGCUCGGCGCAAGGAGCUGCCCCAGGAUCUGGGAGAGGAUGCCGGCACAGUGGAAGCUUUCCACCGGAUGCACAGCGCCUUCGAGAGGGACCUCCAGCUGCUGGAGGCACAGGUGCAGCAGUUUCGGGAGACAGCAGCACGCCUGCAGACCGCCUAUGCCGGGGAGAAGGCAGCUGGAAUCCAGAAGCAGGAGCAGGAGGUGUCCCGAGCGCUGCAGGAGCUGCUGGAAGCGUGCAGUGGGCGCCGGGCACGGCUGGUGGACACGGCUGACAAACACCGCUUCUUCAGCAUGGCACGGGAUCUGCUCUCCUGGAUGGAGAGCACCGUCCGGCAGAUUGAGACACAGGAGAAACCGAGGGAUGUCUCCUCGGUGGAGCUGCUGAUGAGAUACCACCAGGGAAUUAAGGCUGAGGUGGAUGCUCGGGGCAAGAACUUCACCACCUGCAUUGAGCUGGGCAAGAAGCUGCUGCAGCGCAAGCACCAGGACUCACCAGAGAUCAAGGCGAAGCUGGUGGAGUUGGUGGACAAGAGGAAAGCCAUGAUGGAGACAUGGGAGCAGCGCUGGGAGCGGCUGCGGCUGCUGCUGGAGGUGUGCCAGUUCUCCCGUGACGCCUCGGUGGCCGAGUCAUGGCUCAUGGCUCAGGAGCCCUACCUGGCCAGCAGUGACUACGGGCAGACGGUGGAUGCAGUGGAGAAGCUGCUGAAGCGGCACGAGGCUUUUGAGAAGUCCUCAGCCACCUGGGAGGAGCGCAUUGCUGCCCUCAGGAAGCUGACAACGCUGGAGCUCCUGGGCGGGCGGUCUCUGCGUGAGGGGCUGGUGCGGGAUGGGACGACGCACUCCGAGGCUCCCGACUACUGCCUGGAUCUGGAUGGGGAGCUGGAGGCCGGGUCGGAGGAAGAGGAGGAGGAGAAGAAGGAUGUGAGCACACAGGACACUUCGCUGCCCACUACGGAUGGACCAGAGCCGCUGGUGCCAAGGACAGGUGAUGAGGAGCCGGUGUCACCAACCCCACGGCCACCACGGGAGGAGCCAGAGGAGCCGGCCACGCUGCCUGCCCGUGUCAGCAGUAUCCAGCUGGAGGGCUACCUCGGCCGCAAACACGACCUAGAGGCGGCCACCAAGCGUGCAUCCAACCGGUCGUGGAGCACGCGGUACUGCGUCCUGCGGGGUGGCCAGCUCGCCUUCUUCAAGGACGCCAAGAGCCGCGCGCUGGGGCUGCCGUGCCAGGGUGAGGAGCCCCUGGGGCUGUGGGAUGCCCGCUGCGAGGUGCCCGCGGGCUACAAGAAGAAGAAACACGUCUUCAAGCUCAGGCUCAGCAACGGCAGUGAGUGGCUGUUCCAUGGCAAGGAUGAGGAGGAGCUGCAGGCCUGGCUGCAGGGGCUGAGCACGGCCAUCAUGGAGUGUCGGGGCAGCCGUGGGAAGGCACAGAGCCUUCCCCUCCCCCUGCCCAUACCCCCGGCCCCCCCUGAAGCCCCCCUGCCCCGCAAGGACAAGGAGAAACGCUUCAGCUUCUUCCCAAAAAAGAAAUAACCCCCCUGGAUGGCGGGAGGGGGGGGGAAUGACACCCCACGUCACGCCAGCGGGGCCACACAUGCGUGAGGACACGCGUGUGUGGUGCCUGUACAGGUGCCACUGGGUCUGGGGGGGCACGCGGGGGUCACGCGUGGGCAGGAGCCCCCCAGCCCCCCUGCCACGAGCACACGUGUCCGUGUGCACAGGUGUAUAUAUAUAUAUUUGUAUUUAUAUAUAUACAUACAUUUACACGCUUCAGGCACACCCCUGCGCGGAGGCGGCCGCAGGUGCCCCCCAGGCGUGUGCCCCCCGUGCCCACACGUGUCCCUGCACGCACACGUCUGCACACGUGUGUCCCCGCAUGCAGGUGCACCCCCGGCCCCCUCUGCACGCACGGCACAGGUGUGCGCCCCACACGUGUGCAUGGACCCCCCAGCACCCGCACGAGGGGUGCCUGGGUGCCCCCCAAAGCCAUAACCCCCCCCCAAAGCGUGUGGGUGCAGAGGGGGGACCCCCCAGCCCCCGCGGGCACCAACCAAAGAGUGUCAGCCCAUGGGGGCCCCUCUCCGGCACCCACCCCGUGCCCCCCCCCCCAGCCGGGGUGGGGGGGCCCCCUGCAUCCUGCACACGGGCUGAGACACCCUGGGGGGGGGGUGGGGGUGGGCAACCAGAGAGGAACUUUGGGUUCAGUUUGGGGUUUUUUUUCUAAUAAAGAUGUGAAAGCGA